AUGUCUACAUCUUUCCAGGAGUUCAAGGCCUUUUGCAACAAGGUUGGGCUAGACUUUCAAUGGCUUAAUUUGCAAUCCUCCAAGUCUGUUCCCGAAAGCGGUUCCUCUGAAGGUUUCUCAGCCGUCAGUGAUACCGUACAAGAAAACAUCAGACCAGCUACGGAACCACUUAACGUCAACCAGUCCAAAGAUCCUGUCAGCAACUUUUUUUAUGAUGUCAAGAAUGCUCCGCUCUGGAACGUGUAUAAGAGGAAUCAUUCCGGUCAUUCUUCUACUGAGGCUUGCUCUGGAGUAAGUUCAGGGCAAGCGUCAAAAAACAUACCCGAGGCAAUGGUAAAAGAGACAGUCCUUUCUAAUCACGACAAUGUCACCAUAAUAAACGAAUUACUGCCAACGUCUUCUGCCAUGCACCAGGAAGAAAGCACCGCUAUGACAACCUCCUACCUCUUAUCCCACUCCGUAAAUGAUAGUUGCAACGUAAUGCUUUCUUCCUCCUCCCACAACCGUGCUAUGCUCCCACCUUCUCUUGUGCAAAGAAAUAACGCUACCACAUCUCCCACAACAGACUCUGCGUCAGAAAACAACGAAUCGGUACCCUCACUAACCUCAUCUGUUAGCACAUCCUCAUCAGUUUAUUCGUCAUGGAAUCCUCCUCAUUCUCCCCACAUAUCGUCAUUUCCAGACGGCAAUUUCGCAUCGCUUAACGCAGAAGUGACUUGCUUUGAUUUCCGCCGCACCAAGGACUCCAGAACAAAAGAGACGAAUGAAUCUAUCAUUCCAACUGAAAUUUACUGCCCAAUAAAUUCCACUGAUCACCACAAACAUUAUCCAAGCCAAAAAUCUAAACAAGAUGCCUGCGCUCCUGCUCCCCGCAAUCAAAAUAUAAGCUGCAGCGUCGGGUCCGCAGCGGAAUUUUCCCAGUCUAACCACACGUUGACUACUGUAGUUCCUUCAUACAUGCAACAGUACCUUGACAGGCCACAGAACUGGUUUGAAAGCAAAAUGGGAAAAUACUGUCCACUCUUUCUGAGAAGUACAAAGAACAUUGACUACGAUUCCCUCGAAUUUAAAUUUGAGCGCAAGAUGAUAGCUGUUCAAUACCUGCUUUUAGACGAACAAUCUGAGCCCAGAAGGUACUACAAUCCCUCAAAUAAAAGUAUUCCAUUCUGGAAGAGACCCUUCAACUUCGAUACAAUGCCCAGCUACGACCAACUUAUGGAGGAAGCAGAGUGCCGUUUUUAUUCAUACCAAUACAAAUACGAAGGUUUCCAGAGGAUUGAGCCCUACUCCAUUUUUUGUCCCUGGAAAAACACACAAAGAGAAAUAGAUCUGGUUCUUGAUCACAUUCAUUUUUCUCUCGAUGUCGGCGAGAAGAAGUCUUUAAACCGAAAAGGAAACAUCACUCUCGAUACUUUAGACAGUAAGGUCGAUCCUAACAUUCAGAUCAAGCCGUAUCAGAUUUUUCCGUCCAACAACCUAGUAUACGAAGGCUUACCGCAUCCCGCCGAACAAUCCUUAAUUUUGAGUCCUGGCACCUCCCUCAUUGAGAGGGCGUUUCAGGCACUGAUAGACAUAUGCAAGGAAUCUAUUCCACCUUCUAAUGACUGUACUACCCGCAACCAUAAUAGCGCUCCUCAGCUUACCGUGCCAGAACCAUCUAAACCAUGCCGGCUACUACUUGUUCGUGAGUCUCGCACAGCAACAGAACUAGAAACUAACAAAAAGCUCUGGCUCCACUCACAGAGAAGGAAUAUCGAAGUGACCGUACCAAUGCAUCCUUCUGAGCAUGGGACAAAAAGCCGGUUACGAAAAUGGCUCUCAACUUUUGUACAUCAGUGA